CCUUCCGCACUCCUUUCGUCGCUAGGAUUUGUCUCUGACAUUCAAAAUUUGAACCCCGUAUCCGUACAAAGCUGGGUGAUUAUCCGGAUCAAUAUGUUUACUAAUCAGUACUCAGACGUUAUGGAGCGCGGGCUCGAACCCAUCGAUUAUGGACUCAACGUCUCGGCGAUGCUGCAUGGAGCGACCGACGGUGCCGGAGCAGGUGAAGCGAAGAGUAAUGACCCCAGCGAGGCAGCUGCCGAACUCAAUCUUGGGGGACACAUGUUCGAAUCGGACAUGGCAUCAUGCAAUGAUGGCAACGUUGUUCGUGACAGACCCGACGUUGCUGAGCCCAGUGCAGUUCCUCGGGAGGACGUGCUGACAAGCUAUCCAUCCACAAGUAUUGCAGUUCAUCCGUCGCAUUCUGCUGUUGCACCACCCCAACUACCGGUAAACGUUGACACCAAUGGAGUAGCAUUGCCAGGCUUCGUGUCGCGACUUGAGAAGCGAACCAAGCUGCUGGGACAUCCCAUGGUGUUGGCUGUGUCGACAAACGGCCGCGAAGUGACAUGCAAAUGUGGCCGUAUCGUUCGAUUGAACCCACCUUGGUACAUCCUCAAGUAUGACCAGCAUACGAAGAGCAGGAAUUGCGUCAGGCCCAUGGGCAUUCUAGCGCCGAAUCAUGAUCCAGCCAUCGAUGUGACCGACAUCCUGGACGUCGACGCUAUGCUAGCAGGGGAUGAAAGGGGGGAUGGCGGACGGAACGAAGUCGAUGCAUCGGCUAUCAGCACGCCUUUGAACUGCGUGAGAAGGCUCAAAGCACACCCAAACUUCGACUGCGUGGCUCGUGGUGGCCACUGGGUGCGAGGACUGUGCAGGUGCAUAGUGCACCUGGAAUCUCCAUGGCAUGUCAAUACCUUCGUGGCCCACGAUGCAUCGUGCACGGGCUUGAAGAAACGAAAGGCCAAGGUCAAGGCGGCGGCGGCGGCAGCGUCCAAAGAUCCAAGCCAGACGGCGGACGAAGUGCUCCCGUGUCCCGGUCUUCGGGGCCCCGACGUGGUCGAGUACAUCACGUCCGCGGUGCAGCUGACCGGAGGCAGCCGCCCCAAGUUCAAGGUUGCGCGGGCUUUGUUUCCAACCUUGUUUUCAACCUCCAAAUGCAACCUCCACUCGAUGUUGUGUCCGUUCGAGAACAAGUGGCUGCAUGACACGCUGGCACAGGAAGCACUGUGGUGGGUCGACAAGGAUGCGGCCACCGUGCGCAGCUUCCGGUGCACGCGGGCAGCGCGUAUGCAGCACCCAGCGCGGCUGCCAUGCUCGAGUUGCGCCAGUCUGCGCGGCAUGGCGUCGUUCCGCACGGCGCUGGCGUCCCGGGCUACAUUAUCAUCAUCGUCUCGCAAUCAAAAGUUUACGCCUCGCACGAGUGUUCCACCCAGUGUGUUCAACUUGAACCUGUCUGCCACGUGUCCAUCCCAUGCCAAGUACGGCCGAGAGCUGCGUCAGCUGGUGGCAUGUUACAAGCAUGACGUGGCCAAUCCCCACUACUACUGGCUGCCCGUGGCUGAGAUGGGCAUGGCGCUCGACUUGAACGACAGCCCGGUCGUAUUGGGGCUGCUGCAGUACCUCGUCGCGCUCAAGGACAAGGAGCGCCGCGGCGUCGGAAAGCAAAACAUGCCGUACGCGCCGAGUCUGGACGCGUUCGUCGCGCGCUUGGCCGAUAUCUCUGUCCACGCCAGCGACUUGUUUCAGCAGCACUUUUGCGGCCGGUCCAAACGGCUGGCCAAGAAGGCGGCCCCAAUCAUGGCCUUGUUGGCGGCGGCGUCGACGGACAACGACCCCCCGCCUGACCAUCCACUAAAUAUCAUCCAGCAUCCUGAUACUAUCGUGGAAAGUUCCGUGGUUCAAUCGAAUUUGACGCAAAUAGCGUGCAACGAGCGAGAGAUGGCGUGGAAAGAGCAUGCAAGCCAGCACCCGAACGAGAAGAUUCCGUGUCCUGGGCUAUCUGCCCCGUCGUACGUCGAGUACUCGCUCCAACUCACAGGCGGCAGCCGUCCUCGGCAUGUGCUUGCCCGGGAGCUGUUUCCCACCACGUUUGGCGAAGGAAAAGGGGUGAAAAAUAUAGCGGGGUUGCUGUCGGUGGCGGACCAGCAGCUCCUCCUCGAUGCCGUCCACCGCGAAGCCGUGUGGCGGAUCGACAAGACUAGUCGGUGCGUCCGCAGCAUGCAGUGCCUAGGCACGUGCGUUCGCCGCGUCGACGCGUGUGCCAACUGCAUGCUGCUCCACCGGAACGCGAGCUUCCGGUCCGCCGUGAGCCGCGCACGCAAGCAGUCGCGGACGCAGGCCAACAUCCGAUUCAUCCCCAACCAGUACAUGACUGCCGAGAUGCUCAAAGUGUCCAAGAACCCCACGCUGCGCAUGUUUGCGCUCAACGCCAAGGCCAACGUCGAGUCGAAUCCGGACGCGAGUUUCUGGCUCCAAGUGGCGCGACUCGGCAUCUCGGGCGCAUUUCGCGACUUCCCCGUGGUCGAAGGCGUCGUGGAGAGCCUGCUUCAUGUCAAGGACAAGCAGCGGCGCGGCGCCGGCAACCAAAACAUGUUUUACCCCGUGGCGUUGGAGACUUUUAUGAAACACUUGGUCGCGAUCUCCCCCAAGGCACUCGAGUUGUUUGCAGACGCGGUCGUGGGUGGCCACUCGGUGCGCGCGCACAUCCUGGCCAAGAAACGAAAGCUCGCGGCGGCGGAACAGUCCCCCCCGCCGCUCGUGUUUCACGACAUCCCCAUGCCCGCCAUGUUGAUGUACGACACACAUCAUCCACACGACCGACUGCUAGACGACGGGUUCCACGACGCGGCCGCGUUUGGCCAAGAGUUGUUAACCGGAGACCCUGACUUGGGUACCAGUGAAGUGAUGCAGUUAUAACAAAAGGAGCAUGUGUUGUUAUCAUCAUUAAGAGUGAACGAGGGUGCAUACCCGCCUUGGAAAAUCACGCUCGUUCCAGUGUAUUUACUGCCCAGUAUGUCCACGCCGUCCGCAAGGGCUGUCUCCAUCCAGGCGAUGCCAGCGCAUCUGCUUUGGGGCAAAGAUGAACGUUGCGUUAUCGGGAGUGUGGUCGUUCUGGUCUACUUGGGCCCCAAAUACCAGCAACUUUGGUCCGAUGGGAGUCACGGAAUGACCUCGGCGACUGGUGAGAACAUCGUCGCCUUGGAGAGGCGGUCGGGACCAAGUGCAAGAGUUUUGGAGCACGUUGAUCUGCACGUGAUGUACAUCGUACAGGCCCUUGGAUUCGCCAACCUGAUGUAGUAAAGUUGUAUGCGAGCAAGGCGGAAUGUAUGAAUGUACCUGUUUCCCG